AUUGAAAAAGAUUGUAGAACAUCGGCCUAUCGAAAUUGCUUCCAGCUCUAGUUCAAUACCAUCACAAGUCGAAAAGCAGCUAAAUUCUGUUGGUAAACAUAGGUAAAAAGAGAUCUGGCAAUUAAUGCGCCAGCAUGCAACCAGUUGAUUGCAGUUUCCCCGAUAAAGAGAGCGAGAGCCUGGCCAAGACUGAAUGGAUUUAGGGUUCAUCCGCAGCUAAAAGCGGAAAACAAGCACCUUCUACUGCUGUUGAGUCAUCAGUUUUUGGCCAAAACAGGCACAGAACAAGGCCAUCAGUGGUUAGAACCACCCAUCUUACUACCUAGGCAAUAAGAGAGCCGCAGGUGAGCCACAGAGGCAGAGGCAGAGCACGCACCCCUCAGUAACCCAAAAACCAGCCCAUUUCGGCAGUAGCCCCAAUGGAGGACUACAAGUUCCUGUUCAAAAUCGUCCUGGUGGGCAACGCAGGCGUUGGGAAAACCUGCUUGGUGCGCCGCUUUACCCAGGGUCUGUUUCCGCCUGGCCAAGGAGCCACCAUCGGCGUGGACUUCAUGAUCAAAACGGUGGAGGUAGAGGGCGAGAAGAUCAAGCUGCAGAUCUGGGACACCGCCGGCCAAGAGCGGUUCCGCUCCAUCACGCAGAGCUACUACCGAUCAGCCCACGCCUUGAUCCUGGUCUACGACAUCAGCUGCCAGCCCACAUUCGACUGCCUGCCGGACUGGCUGCGCGAGAUCCAAGAGUACGCCAACUCUAAGGUGCUCAAGAUUCUGGUGGGGAACAAGACGGACCGGGAUGAUCGCGAGAUACCCACCCAGAUUGGCGAGGAGUUCGCCAAACAGCACGACAUGUACUUCCUGGAAACGUCCGCCAAGGAGGCGGAGAACGUGGAGCGGCUGUUCUACGAGAUAGCCGCCGAACUGAUUGGUCAGGCACGAAGCAAAGAUGGCAGCGGUUCCGCUGCAGCGGCGGCUGCCCAGCGGCAGUCGGAGGGCAGUUCCAUCGGACUGGGAAGCCUCAGUGCCAAGGCAGCGCAAAGCAAUUGCUGUGGCGGACUUGCCAGCGGCGGCGGCUCAAACUCUAGUCAAGCGGACUGAGCUGCAAACGGAACUGGAAACUGAGCAGCUAAUAUAUAUAAGAACUAAUCGUGAUAUUCCAUUGAUCUUUUAUUACCAUUACAAGCUCCCCCAUUCUAGCAACUCUA